AUGGCAGGAGGCCAGUAUACAGGGAAAGAAACUAUCAAAGGAAAGACAGUGAUAAUAACAGGUUCCAACACGGGCAUUGGGAUGGAAACUGCAAGAGAACUUGCAAGAAGAGGAGGUCGCGUUAUCAUGGCUUGUCGAGACACUGUCAAAGGUGAAGCUGUUAGAAAAGCAAUUGUUGAAGAAGCUGGCAACAACAAUGUCAUCCUGAAAAAACUGGAUCUAGCCUCUUUUGCCUCCAUCAAAGAAUUCUGCAAGGAUAUUAAUGAGAGUGAAAGCCGAAUUGACAUACUCAUCAACAAUGCCGGAGUAAUGGCAUGCCCAAAAAUGUUGACACAGGAUGGGCUAGAGAUGCAGUUUGGAGUUAAUCACAUUGGUCACUUUUUACUGACAAACUUACUGCUGGACAAGAUCAAGGCAUCUGCUCCAAGUCGUAUCAUCAUUGUCUCUUCUCUUGCUCAUAAAUGGGGGAGAAUUAAUUUUGAUGAUCUCAAUAGUGUCAAGAGCUACAGUAGGAAUGCAGCCUAUGCACAGAGUAAAUUAGCCAACAUACUACAUUGUAAAGAGUUGGCCAGACGAUUACAAGGCACCGGCGUAACAGUGAACUGUCUCCACCCAGGAUCAGUGAACACAGAACUCACUCGUCAUGUUCCUUUCAUUGACUCAACAUUCAUAGGCAAACUGUUAGUGCUUCCUAUUAGGUACUUUUUGUUCAAGACAGCUUUAGAAGGUGCACAGACAACCCUUCGCUGUGCAUUAGACCCAGCCCUGGAGACAGUCUCAGGAAAAUAUUUCAGUGACUGUAAAAUAACAUCACCUUCUUCCAAAGCUGAGGAUGAGGAAGCUGCAAAACGACUGUGGGAAAUUAGUGAAGAAAUUGUCAAAGGAAACAUUAACUAA